UGCGCGUCUCUCUCUCUCUCUCGGACGCAGGAGCGCGCGGUAGCGACGUGGACCGAAAUGAAAGUCGCGCGCCACCGCGGAUCGUGGAAUCAUGUUGGACAAGAAGGGCGCGUGAAGAGCGGAUGAGUGCACGAGCCCAAAACGAAUUGGUCUUACUUUUCCAUUUGACCUCAAGUCUAUUCUUGUAGGCUUAUUAUUUGUUGUUUUUGUUGUUGUUGUUGUUUUUUGCGCGUGAUGGCUGUGCGGAGCAGCUCGUUGAUGCCUUUCUCCAUUCAGGCCAUUUUAAACAGAAAAGGGGAGGAAGAAGAGGAAGAAGAAGAAGAAAAAGACGAAGAAGGAAGGCGCCGUCUGAAAGAGCUGGACAUGUGUUUUUCGAAAAGCGCGUGCUGGAAAAUAUUCGGAGGAACGCACGAGGAGGAAGAGGAGGAGGAGGACGAGGAGGACGAGGACGCCCGUGAGGACCGGGACAGGGGGAAGAGGGAGAGGGGAAAAGAAAUGGAGAGAGCGCGCGUGGCGGCGAGCCACCACAAGAGUUACGACUCCGACUCUGGGCUCAGCGAGGACCACCAUCACGACCACCACCACCGUCUCCACGACGAGCGCGAGACGAAAAGCAUCUCAAGGCGCGAGGCGCGGGACGGCUGUGACUCGCGCGCCCUGGACGAAAGCUUUCAGGACGAGACAGACCGAGAGUCCACGGCUGCCGAGCACGCGCGAGAACUGAGCGACUGCGAGCUCUUAGCCAGCGUGUCCGACUGUAAUAACGCGGAGGAGAAGGUCUCGGAGCAGCCCGGAGGAAAGCAGCGGAAGAAACGCUCUCGCGCAGCUUUCUCUCACGCGCAGGUGUUCGAGCUCGAGCGCCGCUUCAGCCACCAGCGCUACCUGAGCGGACCGGAGCGCGCGGACCUGGCGGCGUCGCUGAAGCUCACGGAGACGCAGGUGAAGAUCUGGUUCCAGAACCGCCGCUACAAGACCAAGAGGCGCCAGAUGGCCGCGAGCAGCGCCGCGUCCGCCGCCGCCGCCGCCGCUGCCGACCUCCUCCUGCCCGCCGCCAAGCGCGUGGCCGUGAAAGUGCUCGUGCGCGACGACCGCAGGCAGUACUCUCCCGGGGAGCUGCUGCUCCUGCGCCCUCCGCCGCUCCUCGCGCUCCAGCCGCCAUCUUCUUCCUCAUCUUCCUCUUCCUCUCCUUCAUCAUACUGUUACUACUAUCACCCGCACGCGUACUGUGCACCCGCCUGGACCCUGUCCGCGUGCACUGGGAACCAGUGAUGCAGUGGGGAAAAAGAGAGAAGUGUUUUGUUUGUAUGUUUGUCUCUUUGUUUGUUUGUUUUGUUUGUUUGUUUGUUUGUUUGGAUUUUAAUCUCCGAACAAAUCCAAAAAAGGAGGGAGAAACGAUAAAGACAUUGCGUUCAACUGUUUUAAGCUGAAACAAACCUAAAGACUAAUGACAUCACUUUAUUUUAUUAUUAAUGUGAUACUUUUUGGUAUUAUUAUUAUUGUUAUUUGUAUUUUUCCCCCCUGAAUGUAUAUAGGAAGUUACACGUUUCCGUUCAUGUCACUUGCACACAGGGAAAGACAGAUGUGUAAGUGAAUAAGUGAAAACGGUAGGACUCCAGCACUUCCGGUUUAUAAUCUAAUUCCUGCGCAAACAAAAACACCAGAGUGCGUGUGUGGUCACAUGCGCAGACUUUAGUAUUAGUGUUCAACCUUGUUGCUGUUUACAGAAGAAGAAGAAAAAAAGACAGCGAACAUUAAAGCACACAUAUAAAGCUGUGUGUGUGUGUGUGUGUGUGUGUUUUGUACACUUGGUCAUUGUUUGAGCAGAAAGGUUUAUUCUAUUAAAGGCGUUUUAAGUGACAGUUCAGAUCUUGGGUGUCGUUACAUUUGUGUUUAAGUGCACUUGGUUCAUGUGAAAACAGGCGAAGGAAUUCGGUAGAAUGAACGUUAACGACUUGAUUAAACGCUUUUACGUUUUCAUGAGACUGAAGUUACCUUGUAAAAAAAAAUCACCACGUGUAAUCAAUAGCUGAGAGAGGUCUUGAGUUGCACUUGGUGUCUUGGAAUAGGGUUUGUAGCCUUUUUAGGCUGUAUAAUAAUAAUAAUAAUAAUAAUAAAUUCCAGGUAUUUAGCAGACGUUCUUAUCCAGAGCGACGUGUAACAGGACCCUGACAGACCCACAGCAGAAGGCAGUCUGGGGAGCAG